CGAUGGUCCAAGGAAUCAUGCACCUCUUCCUGCUCCUCUUCUUGGUGUUCACUCAGGCCAGCAUCCUCCAGGCACGACCAGGAGCGCCAGGGGAUGGCAAGGAAGGACCGUCACACAAUAAUCAAGCGCUUGGAGAUAAAUGCAAAAAAUGGACCUCAGAGAUCCCCACGGCAUGCAAGGCGUCGGUCGCCUUUCCGUUCCAACCACACCGCCUGGCCACGGCUCUCAUCAACACAGCGCCACUCAGCAUGAGGAGGAACAUAGCCAGCCCUUUCCAAGUUUCACUGCACCGCUGCCUGCCAUUCCCGACGGUCUUGCACAAGAAAAGAAUACAGGCGGCACGAAAAGACAGCGGCCAAGCUCCUUGGCCACUGAGCAUGACGGAGAACAGCAGUGGCCUGCACCAUCUCGCUCCAGACUGAAAUUGACCGAAAAAGGCCACGAUGAUACUCUGGAUCAUCAAGCCGAAAGAGAGACACAGGCUACGGCCUCGCCUGCAAGCGGGCUGCAUGCGCUGACAGAUACCGAGGGGAUUACAACGAGUACGGAAG